UUUUCCAUCGAUGUGCUUCAGGCCAGAAGGAAUCGACUCGACUGAGUUUUUUGCCACUGACGAUAUCGCGGUGAAGGAAGUUAAGGGUUGUUGUUUGUUGCCUUGGAAUAGUUACAUAUUUAGGUCAGCAAACUAUUAAUCUGCUGUUGUAAGGAGUGCAACUUUCCCGUUUUGUUGAAAUGAGUAGAGGAAAAGAAGAACGUGAAAGUGAAAUAAUUCGAUUUUCAUAAUCUCUCUGUAACCUUGAAACUUAAUCUGGAUAAAAAUUCGCCAUUUCGAUUUAAUUAUUAAUUCAGGCGCUGAUGGCUGUACCAUCGACUGGACAUUAUGAACCAAUAUGUGACCUUGAGUCAUUUGGGUGACGGCACUUACGGUGAUGUGGUCCUCGGGAAAAGACUGGACACGGGAGAAAAAGUUGCCAUCAAGAAGAUGAAAAAGAAAUAUUAUUCUUGGGACGAAUGCAUGAGCUUGAGAGAAGUGAAGUCUUUAAAGAAACUGAGUCAUGCAAACCUGGUGAAACUGAAGGAAGUUAUAAGAGAAGAUGAUACGCUUUAUUUCGUAUUCGAAUACAUGAAAGAAAAUUUGUACCAGCUUAUGAAACGCAGAGACAGACAAUUUCAAGAGACUGAAAUCAAAAACAUUCUGUUUCAAAUUCUGCAAGGAUUAUCAUUCAUGCACAAGCACGGGUAUUUCCACCGGGAUCUGAAACCAGAAAAUGUACUCUGUAUGGGCUCGGAUCUCAUUAAAAUUGCUGAUUUUGGACUAGCUCGUGAGAUUCGAUCGAGGCCGCCUUACACCGAUUAUGUCUCCACUAGAUGGUACAGAGCUCCGGAAAUCUUACUCCGCUCCACGAACUACAGCUCGCCGAUUGACCUUUGGGCACUAGGAUGCAUCAUGGCGGAGCUGUACAAUUUGAGACCUUUAUUUCCAGGAAGAAGUGAAAUCGACCAGAUUUUCCGAAUAGCUUCCGUUUUGGGCACACCAGACAAAGCAGAGUGGCCAGAAGGGUACCGCCUAGCUGCUCAAAUGAACUUUCAUUUCCCAAAAUUUUCACAGAUUUCUCUUGCAGAUGUCGUGCCAGGCAUCAGCAUUGAAGGCCUCACACUUUUGACCGAUAUGCUAAAAUGGAAUCCCAGUUUGCGACCAACGGCAUUUUUGGCGCUACGUUAUCCUUACUUCUCCGAGACAUCGAAUGUAAUGGCCCGAAGAAAAUCAAAAGCUGUAAAUGUGCCCUCAGCAUAUAACGGCGAGAGAUGGUAUGGAGAUCUAUGGAGAGAAAGGGACAAUUUCUCUUUUGAAAAACCAAAUGCCAGCGAACAAACAUCUAAACCUUUUCGAAAGGAAGACCACCUUGAAGAACGUGCAGCUGCCCAACGGCAGAGAUAUUUUAAUUCUUCUUUCAAAGAUGCUAAGAUUAGUAGAUCAUGGCCAGCUUUCGAAGAUUUUGAUUUAUCAAUGAGUGAAAUGGAUUUUCGGACUUUGAAAGAAACUGAUGCAAGGUCCCACAAACAGCAACCAAAAGAUUAUCAGAAUGAAGCCCGGAAUGCUUUAAAUUAUGGACAAUGAAGUGAAAACUACAACAGUAAUAACUGUGAGUGCAAUAAAAAAAUGCAUAUUUCAAGCCAUUCUGGAAAAUCCCAUAGAUUGGAAUGAUAGGAAAUUGUACAAAAUCCUAUAUUUAUUUUUACAAAAUGAAUAUAACCAAGAGAUUAUUAGAGAAUAUAUGCCAUUAGCAAAGAA